AUGGCUCCAACAAACCCUCUGGCUGACUGGGAGCGAGUGGGAGACCAAUUCUACCGAAAGGUCCGAAUAUACGAUGAUGUCUUUGACGAGGAGCUCGAGUUGGAAAAUUUCAUUGUUGCUGGAGCUCCGUAUGGAGGUGCUAUAGCUCUUUACCGCGAUGAAAGCAAACUCCAGAGAUAUAGGGAUGCAGAGACAGCAAAAUCAUCUAUUGAUAUUUAUUCCUGCUCUGGCAAACGAAUCAGUCAAAUUAAUUGGGAACAUGGGUCAAUCCGAGGCUUGGGCUGGUCGGACGAUGAGAAGCUACUUGUAGUAACCCAAGAUGGUACCGUGCGAUGUUACUAUGGUCUACAUGCGGACUUUGUGCCGUUUUCUCUAGGAACUGUGGCAGAAGAACACGGAGUGAAAUCCUGCCGUUUUUGGUCGGACGGCUUCGUUGCUCUCUUGAAUAACAAUCAAUUCAUUGCUGUCUCCCGCUAUGAUGAGCCACGACCUAAAUUGCUCGCAUCAACCCCUGAAGGGGAAAUUUCCUCAUGGUCAUUGAUUCCUCCCAAUUACACGCUCUCGCGUUCAGUCGAGGUUCUCCUUGCGGUGGAUCAGACGAUCUACGUUGUAGACGCAACAGAUGCUGAGGACCGUAUGUUGCAAAACGGCCCCUUUAAACAUGUCAGUGUAUCCCCCAAUGGGCGAUUUGUUGCCUUGUAUACUUGCGAUGGCAAAGUCUGGGUUAUAAGUAGCGACUUCCAAAACAAGCUCAGUGAAUAUCACUCUGGGGCGAGAACGCCCCCAAACAACGUGGUGUGGUGUGGCAAUGAUUCUGUUGUGCUCUCUUGGGAGGAUGAAGUCCACAUGGUCGGCCCUAACGGCGCUGCAGUGAGGUAUUUCUACGAUGGCCGUGUCCAUGUAAUUCCAGAUUUUGACGGCGUGAGAUUGCUCACUAAUGACGCGUGUGAAUUUCUUCACAAGGUUCCGGAUGUUACGGAAGAAGUGUUCAAGUUAGGUUCAACGUCUCCUGCCUCAAUUCUCCUCGAUUCAGUUGGCCUACUUGAAAGGAAAUCCCCGAAGGCCGACGAGAACAUUCAGCACAUCCGCACUAAGCUUCUCGAAGCAGUCGAUACCUGUGUAAAGGCAGCGGGCCACGAAUUUAAUACCCAUUGGCAAAAGCAACUCCUUAAAGCGGCAUCGUUCGGAAAGUCAGUAAUUGAUCUUUAUAAUAGUGAUGACUUUGUCGAUAUGUGCGAGCGUCUACGUGUGCUCAAUGCCGUCCGUGACUACCGGAUCGGUAUCCCUAUCUCAUAUGAACAAUAUCUCCGCCUGACCCCGGACAAGUUGAUUGAUCGACUGAUCCACCGCCACGAAUAUCUUCUUGCAAUCCGCGUUUCCGAAUAUCUCCGCCUCCCAACAGAUAAAAUCUAUGUCCACUGGGCCAGCCAAAAGGUCAAGACUUCCACGGAAGAUGAUGAUACUAUUUGCCAUUUGGUGGCAGAGAAACUUCAGGGGAAGCGAGGAAUAUCAUUUGAAUCAAUAGCACAAUCAGCCUAUGACGAAGGUCGAGGACAUUUGGCCACCCAACUACUUAAUUUCGAGCCACGUGCGGGAAGGCAGGUGCCUCUGUUCUUGAAGAUGGAAGAAGAUAAUCUCGCCUUGGACAAGGCCUUAGAAAGUGGCGAUACGGAUCUAAUAUAUUUUGUCCUGUUACAGCUCAAACGGAAACUUCCACUCGCAAGCUUUUUCCGGACCAUCAAUUCUCGCCCAGUUGCAUCCGCGCUCGUGGAGACAUCUGCAAGAUCUCAAGAUGUGGAAUUACUCAAAGACUUGUAUUAUCAGGAUGAUCGCCCAGUCGAUGGGUCUAAUCUACUUUUGAGAGAUGCAAUCGCUCAAUCUGACCCACAAGCUAUGGCAGAUAAACUACGAUUAGCGUCUAAAUUAUUGGUCGAUUCCAAGGAUGCGAGCGCGCAAUCGCAUCAGAAGUCAUUGACGGAAGCUGCGCAACUGUUGAAAAUCCAAGAUGGACUAGACAAGGAUAUUGGGGAUGGCAACAGUGAAUUUGUUGGCCUGAGUAUAAAUGAAACCAUGUACAGGCUAAUAAAAUUUGGGUAUGGGAAACGCGCCAACAAAAUCCAGAGUGAAUUCAAAGUACCAGAGAAGACGUUCUGGUGGGUGAAAUUGAGGGCCUUGGUAGCCAAACGAGAUUGGGGUGAGCUUGAGGAACUUGCCAAGCCCAAAAAGUCUCCAAUUGGAUGGGAGGUCACCCUAGCCAUUUUACAAUGA